AUGGCGGACGGGGAGACGCCGCUCCUCCAGUGCCGGAGCGGCGGCCGCGGCAGCAGCGGCGGCGGCGCUGUGUCAAGCGCCUCGGAGAGCCCGGAGCCAGCUGUGAAGCGUCAACGCCGGUGCUUCACUGACAGCGCCGGCCCAGCUGCGAAAGAAGCCGGCGAAGAGGCGGAGGCGCCUCUUUACAUAGGAAGCGCCGCCGAGGAGGCCCUGGCGGAGGAGGAAGAGGUUGCUGCUGCUUCCUCUGUCAACAGCGAGCCGGGAGAGGCCUCCGUAGCGGUGGGAGAAAGAGGAGGAGAGGAAGGCUGGAGCUGCGCGGGCGCUGGGCUGAGGCGGUGGGGCCUGGCCCGAGAGGAGCCGCCGCCGCCACCGCCGCAGCCACUACUACUGCAGCAGUUGUCGCCGCCGCCGCCGCUGCCGAGGUGGUGGCCGAGCCAAGGGGAGGGAGCAGAGGCGGCGCUCGCCGGAGACGCAGCGGAGGCGGCCAUUGGCUGCGGGGCGGCGCAGUGUUCGAACGGCGCUGCGGAGGCGGCCGCGCGCCCAGACAAUAUGUUUUUUAGUGAUGAAAUAAUUGCAAACGGCUUCCAUUCCUGUGAGAGUGAUGAAGAUGAUAGAGCCUCUCAUGCAAGCUCCAGUGAUUGGACUCCGAGGCCACGUAUAGGCCCAUACACUUUUGUCCAACAACAUCUCAUGCUAGGCACAGAUCCACGUGCAAUUCUGAAAGACUUGUUGCCAGAAACUAUACCUCCUCCUGAGCUUGAUGACAUGACGUUAUGGCAAAUUGUUAUUAAUAUCCUGUCAGAACCACCUAAAAGAAAAAAGAGAAAAGAUAUUAAUACUAUAGAGGAUGCUGUGAAACUACUACAAGAGUGCAAAAAAAUAAUUGUCUUAACAGGAGCUGGGGUAUCUGUUUCUUGUGGAAUCCCUGACUUCAGAUCAAGAGAUGGUAUCUAUGCACGCCUUGCAGUAGAUUUCCCAGAUCUUCCUGAUCCUCAAGCAAUGUUUGAUAUUGAUUACUUCAGGAAAGAUCCAAGGCCGUUUUUUAAGUUUGCAAAGGAAAUAUAUCCUGGGCAGUUUCAACCAUCUCUCUGUCAUAAAUUUAUAGCUUUGAUGGAUAAAGAAAAAAAACUACUUCGCAAUUAUACUCAGAACAUAGAUACACUGGAACAAGUGGCAGGAAUUCAAAGGAUAAUCCAAUGUCAUGGUUCCUUUGCAACAGCUUCUUGCCUCAUCUGUAAAUACAAAGUUGAUUGUGAAGUUGUUCGAGGAGACAUUUUCAAUCAGGUUGUUCCUAGAUGUCCCAGGUGCUCACCUGAUGAACCACUUGCCAUCAUGAAGCCAGAAAUAGUGUUCUUUGGUGAAAAUCUACCUGAGCAGUUUCAUAGGGCCAUGAAGUAUGACAAAGAUGAGGUUGAUCUUCUCAUUGUUAUCGGGUCUUCACUUAAAGUAAGACCAGUUGCAUUAAUUCCAAGUUCUAUCCCACAUGAAGUGCCUCAGAUUCUAAUUAAUAGGGAACCAUUGCCUCAUCUACACUUCGACGUGGAGCUUCUUGGUGACUGUGAUGUCAUUAUCAAUGAAUUAUGUCAUAGAUUAGGUGGUGAAUAUACAAAACUUUGUAGCAAUUCAGUCAAACUUUCAGAAAUAACAGAGAAGCCUCCCAGACCGCACAAAGAAUUUGAAAUACAUUCAGCUGAAUUACCACCUACUCCUCUAAACAUUUCUGAAUAUUCUAGUUCACCUGAAAGAAUUGCACCACAACAUUCUCAGGUGGUACGUUCAGAGCAAUCUUCUGACUAUAAAGCAGGAAAUUCUGAUGCUUCCUUGGAGUCUAAAGAGAAUUGUGUAGAAGAAAAAAUUCAAGAAGUUCAAAACUCUUUAGAAAAUGUUGAAAGUCUUUCUGACCAUCUAGAAAACCCAGAACAUGUGAAGGAAAAUGGAUCUAACCAAGAGGAAAACAAAGAGAGAAGUGAAAAAACAUCUGUUGAAACACUGAGAAAAUGUUGGGUUAAUAGAUGUGCAAAAGAGCAGAUUAGCAAGCGACUUGAUGGUACCCAAUACUUGUUUUUACCACCAAAUCGCUAUAUUUUCCAUGGUGCUGAGGUAUACUCGGACUCUGAAGAUGAUGUCAUAUCCUCCAGCUCUUGUGGAAGUAGCAGCGAUAGUGGGUCCUGUCAUAGUCCAAGCUUAGACAUAGAAGACGAAAGUGAAAUUGAAGAGUUCUAUAACGGUAUAGAAGAAGAAGAUCCUCCUGACAGAGAAGAGGAGAAUGGAUAUGGAGAAGAUGGAAUUGAGCUUCAGGAAUCUGAGUCUGUGCCGGUAAAUGAAGCUGUAGGAUUUGACCAUUCGACAGACAAACUAUAAAGUAAUUACUGACUGGUUUCAGGAACUUUCCCACCAGCAUUAGCAGUUUUUGGCAUGUUGGAAUGAAUGUGUACUGAAUUUAGAGCAAGGAAAAUAUAAGGAUGUAAUGUUUAUAAGCAACUAGAAUAGAUUUUCAUGCAUAGUUUUCUAACUUUUCCAAUUAAAUUCUAUAAAGGCACACUCAACACUAAUCUUUUUGAAUUUUGAAGGUACCAAGUAUCUUUUUACUGUCACUCAUUCGUUUUUUUUUAAGUUUAAUCUGUGUGAGCUGUGUGUGUGUACAUAUACAGUAUUUUUGCUUAACAAAUUUCAACCUUUUUUUUAAACCAUUUUGAAAAAGCCAUUGGAAUGUUAAUAUAAAGGGAACAGCUAAUCUAGACCAAAGAAUGGUAUUUUCACACCUCUUGCUUUGUAACACUUU